AUGUCGCUGAAGUUAUUGUCGCAAAAGGUAGCUCAAGCUAUUGACGAAGAGCUCAUGUCAGCCGCAGGGGGAUUCUCUGUCGACCAGCUCAUGGAGCUAGCGGGUCUCAGCGUAGCGCAAGCAGUGCAAAAGUCGUUUGAUAAAACGCAGUUCCCAAACAUCUUGGUAUGCGUUGGCCCGGGCAACAACGGCGGGGAUGGACUAGUAGCCGCUCGACACUUGUAUCAUUUCGGCUAUAAGCCUGCGCUGUAUUAUCCAAAGCAACCCAACAAGGACUUGUACCAGCGCUUGUUGACACAAUGUCGAAAUCUGGAACUACCUAUCCAUCAAGACUUUCCCGGUGACGGUCAUGCCGAUGUCCUUGUCGACUCAGUGUUUGGAUUCAGUUUCCACGGCGAAGUACGCGAUCCGUUCAAGGAUGUGAUCAAGACGUUUGAACAGACCAACAAGCCAAUCGUCUCGGUUGAUAUCCCAAGUGGCUGGGAUGUUGAGCAAGGGUGUACCGACCAAGUCAAGUUCCAACCGGAAGUCUUGGUAUCUCUGACCGCACCUAAAAUGUGUGCCAAACAUUUCAAGGGCAAGCGUCACUUUUUGGGCGGUCGGUUUGUGCCGCCUAGCAUUGCCAAAAAGUUUGACUUUCAAGUGCCUCCGUUCCCAGACAGUGAUCAGGUUGUCGAGCUAUCUACAAGUGAAUCAUCGCUUUGA